CCAGAAAAAUAGAUGGAGGAAAAGAAAGGAAAACCAUAAGACAGUCAAGCCAAACGACUGCCGAUUGAUCCAAGGGAACAAGGUUUUGGCUCAACAGCACAAGAAUCAAACAGACUUGUAUACUGCAUCUGCGUGGCCUUGUGCACAAGCCUCGAGAAGUGCGACGCAUGGGAGAUCACGAUCAUCCCCUUUACUCGCAUAGUAUUUAGAAGCAGGUAGUAUGUGUAGAGAUCACUCCUGUGACCUCAAAAUUCACACGAGAAAGGCAUGAAUACAAAACCAUUGGUCAGCAAAACUACUAGCUUGCUAAGGCUGGUAGAAGAAAGAAUAAAGUUGAAAAGGGAGCUUGAAGAAAACCAAAAGAAGCAGCACUGGAACAAGGAACCACAAGAUAUUCUUGUUUCUGUACCUUAUCUCCCAAAAGACUGCAUUUUCGACAUCAUUGUCAGGCUUCCACUUGAAUCCCUACAGACUUCGAGGUUUGUUUGUAAGUCGUGGUAUGAGAUUGUUAAUAGUCCUACUUUCAUUCAUGCCCAUCUACGACGAUCAGAUAUUGGAUUAAUAUUUUUGAGUCCAGUUACAAAGGGCCUCCCAUCUUCCAUUGUUGGAAACACUUCAGUGUCAUCAGCCAUGAAAAUCAAUUUUUCUGUUGAAGCCAAGGUCUCCGAACUGCAGUCUAUGCCUGUACAUCAUUGGCCCCUUAUUGACCCACCUCCGUUGUUUUGCAUAAAGUUUCUGGAAAUUAAAGAUGGCAAGGGCACGAUGAAAGAGUACAAUAUAACUUGUAUGGGCCAAAUUAGAGCAACAUUCAAUGGUUUGAUUGUUCUUGAUAACUGUAUGAGGAGAAGAGGACUAAUUGUCUUGAACCCUGUCAUUAGGGAGCUGAAACCAAUUCCAUUGGGGACUAGGUCUUCCCCUGAUCAUGAAUCAUAUGGAUUAGGAUUUUGCCAUGAGUCAAAGAGGUAUAAGUUGGUGCACUUGUUUCAGGAUGACUUACGGUACAUUGGCUGUGAGAUUAUGAACAUUGAGAGUCGAUCAUGGAGAGUAGUGGAUGGACCUCCCUCUGGAUUGUUUGGUUGGUUGGGUUACCAACCAAUUUUUGCUAUAGCAGCUCUACAUUGGGUUCCAAAUGUUGAUCAUAACGAGUAUAUUGUAUCAAUGCCAGUGGAUAUCGAAAAGUUUGUGAAGAUACCACUCCCAAACACUGGCGGAAUUCAUGAUCGGAUAUUUGAAAUGGGGGGAUUUCUUGGUUUUGUGUCUCGUCAACACAUGAACCAAAUUGAUGUGUGGAUCUUGAGGUGUUUAGGUGGUGAAGGUUGGGAAAAGCAAUAUAGUAUCAGUACAGUGGAUUGCAUGAGAGAUUUGGUUCCAGUUUAUUGUGUGGGAAUUUAUGCUGAAUUAGUUUUCAGGUCCAAAGUCAAUGACCUAUAUGCCUAUGAUCAUCAUUUGCAACUUUUGAGAAAGGUUGAUGUGAACAAGGAAAAUCAUCCUUCUGUUUAUAGUUAUUUUCCUCAUGUGAACAGUCUCAUCUUAUGGUGAAUUUAGCUUAAGAGCGAGAUCUCCUGUAACCAU